UCUUCCUUUCUGGUUCUCAGUUUUUCCAUAGCAACAUUUUUAUUCUUUUCGCAUCAUAAUGGGUCACUACUCUAAACCCUCUCAUUUAUCUCGCGUAAAUCUCUAAUCAGAAAGCUUGAGAUUUCUUCUAUGGCGAAUCUGAGUCGAGCCCGACUCAGCUAUGGAGGGGGUUGUCAACUCAUGUCAAACUUUGCCUAUACUUUCUCGUUUUGAAGACCCAUCAUCACAAUUGACGACCCAGGUUUUGGUUUAUUUCAUUUAAGUAUUCGUUUCCUAAAUUUUUUCCCAGUUGCUAUAAUACCCUAGAUUCUUAAGCUGGGAUUUAUCGAUUAUGACCGGGUAAUAUACUUUGGAGUGACCAUGUUGGAGUAUUGAAACCUAGCUUGACUUUUUUUUAUUUUUUUAAUUUCAUUAUUCUGGCUAGGGUUUCGAUUGGGUUCUGCUGAAUUUGUGUCCAUUUAAGGGUUUUCUAAUCUGGGAUUCUUCAAUUUUGUGACUGUUGUAUUAGUUGUGUUACGAUUCGUUCUUUCUUUGGGAGAUGAAAGGUAGGGUUUUGUGAUUUGGGGUUAUUCAAAUUUAGUUCAAAUUAGCUGUUUCGAGAUUUGCAUAUUACUUUAUUUUGGAAGAAUAACUGGUUUUAGGAUGCGGGUCUCUUCAAUUUUACGGUGAAGCGCUCUUUUCCUUUUUCUUUUUAUAUCUAGUUUUUGAGCUUCUGAUACAGUAAGCUUUUUUAAUACCUGGGCUUGCGAAAUUGUGAUGGGGGAGGAGACUUCUGACUCGAUGAACCUUGAUUUGAACCUUAGUCCUGGUCCCGACCCAACUUUGGGCUCAGUGUCAAACGUUCCAAUGACUUUAGAUGAGCGGAUUGAUAAUCCUCUUCAUAGAUUUAGGGAGGCUGUAAGGAUUGGAGCCAGACAGCGGUCCAGAUGGCGACGGCUUCAAAUACCACCUGAGGCUCAUAACCUUUCAAUGGAGUUGAACCACCUCAUGGUCAAUUCUAGUAAUGCAACUACUUUGCAGGCAGGUGAAGGUAGUGUCGAUGGAGUAGGAAGAACAAAUCACUUGCCCAAAACAUGUGAAAUUAACAAUGGGAUUUCGGAAGAAGAUGCAUCAGAGAAUAAGAAUGACAUUGAAAAGGGUAAUGCAAGUGAUGGGAGCUUUUUUGAUUGUAACAUUUGUUUGGACUUGUCUAGGAACCCUGUUGUUACAUGUUGCGGUCAUUUGUUUUGUUGGUCAUGCCUUUAUCGAUGGUUACAUUUACAUUCUGAUGCAAAGGAAUGCCCAGUGUGCAAGGGAGAAGUAACAUUGAAGAAUGUGACCCCAAUUUAUGGCCGUGGGAACCAUAAGCUGGAGCCAGAAGAGGACUCUAGUCUUAAAAUUCCUCCUAGACCCCAUGCGCGGCGGGUCGAGAGCUUGAGGCAAACCAUUCAGAGGAGUGCGUUAAAUUUUCCAGUGGAAGAGAUGAUCCGACGCCUUGGCAGUAGAUUUGAUUUGACUAGAGAUUUUAGUCAGCCUCAUGAGCCAGAGAGUGCUCGGGAAACAGCAGAAAGAACAAGCUUGCUAAAUAGGUUUCUGACAACCCGAGGGCUUCGCAGGGAGCAAAAUCCAGUGGAACCAACAGAUGAGGAUGUUGUGGACUUGAACCAAUCAAACAUGGUUGGCCCUGAGGUGGUAGAGAAUCGCCGUCUUCAGUCCCUUUUCAUUCGAAGAACACCUCAAAGAGGAGCGUUUCCUUCUCUUUCAUCUUCUCUUUCAUCUGCAUUGUUCUUUGAGGCCUUUAGGAAUCACCCUCCCAAUAGGAACCAGGAGCAGCAGCCUCCUCCGGUUGAUGAUAGAGAUUCUUUCUCCAGCAUUGCUGCUGGAAUAAAUUCAGAGUCUCAAAUUGACACUGCUGCAGAAAUUGAAUCAGCGGUGUCCCUUUCAACAUCAUCUUCCAGAAGAAGAAAUGAGGCUUCAAGAGUUUCAGAUUUGGAUACCGGAGAUUCACGGGCACCCCGAAGGAGACGGCUGAACUAAAAGCGUACCUUGUUUCCACUUGUAUAACUGGACAAGGUUUUUAUGUAUUCAGUCUGGAAGUUUUCUCACUACCACUUAAUUACAUAACUAUUGCACAGCCAUAGUUAUGGAGUUCCUGCUACUUUAUGCUUCCAGUGUAUUUGGUUCAAAUUAGUUAGUCCUUUUCCAUAUGCUUUCAAUUUGUAAGAAUCAAGUUUGUGUACAACACAUGGGCUGGUUCAUCGUUUUCACUGUACAUAAUCUCAUCAACUAAACAUUUAUUAUGAGCACACUUGUUAUAUUUUCUGAAUUUUCUUAAUAAUCUCUAUUUAGUGAUGCUAA